AUGAUUCAAUAUCUCCUUUCAGCUGCCCCUCUUCUGGGGCUGGCAGCAGCAGCCAAUUAUUCUUUCCCUGCUGUGAAGAAUAUAUCACAAGCAGACAUUUACCAGGGAAAUGGGCCCCUUCCUUGUGAAGCCCUUAUCGCUGCCGGCCUUCGGGAUAGAGUGCUUCUUCCAGCCGACACUGGCUAUGAGCCUCAGGUGCUCAGUUGGUGGGCGUGGAAUUCCCGCCAGCACCCAUACUGUCUCGUGCUGCCGCAGAACACCCAAGAGGUUUCUCUCGCCUUGACUACCCUCGUCCACGCCGGCAAGGGAGCAGGCGACUGGCAUAUUGCCGUGCGCAGUGGAGGCCACAGCACCAUCAACAGCAACAACAUCGUCAACGGCGUCACCAUUGACCUGAGCCACAUGAACUCGAGCAGCUACGACGAAAGUACCAACACGGCCCGAGUCCAGCCAGGUGGUCGGUGGCAGAACGUCUAUGCCGAUCUCCAGGAACGCAACAUCACCGUCGCCGGUGGCCGCGAUGGUGAUGUUGGCGUGGGAGGCUUCACCCUCGGAGGAGGCAACUCGUUCUAUUCCGGCAGGCACAGCUUUGCCUGCGAUACUGUCAACAACUUUGAAGUCGUCCUUGGAAAUGGAACCGUUGUCAAUGCCAACAACAAGACCAACUCGGACCUGUACAAGGCCCUCAAGGGUGGCACCAGCAACUUUGGCAUCGUCACCCGUUUCGAUUUCAACGCCAUUCCUUCCCUGCCUUUGUUCCACGAGACACGCGUCAUGUCCGCCAACUAUACAAAUAUCGUCUUGGAUGCUAUUGUUGACUAUAUCAGAAAGCUCCCGGCAUAUGUCAAUAAAGGGGGUGUGGACAACAUGGCCGCCGCCGCGAAGGCUUCCCAAUUCGCUGGUGAGAGCUGGAACGCCGGUGCGACAGUGACAUUUAGAAACAACCCAACUAUUCUUCGCUACGUGAACAAGCUGCACGACGAAUACGUCAAGGCCUUGCAGAAAUCCAUCGGACCUGACAACUUCUCGACCGCUAUCUUCCUUCAGCCCGUUCCCUCAUACUAUGCCAAAAUCUCCAAAGCACACGGCGGAAGUAUGAUGCCACUGGAAAAGCUUGGAGGCAAUGCUGUGAUGUGGACUGGUGGUGUGGCUGUCAAGACAACCACUGGUGCUCUGGCGUUUGCAAAGGCCGGAAUGCACCAGAUGGCAGCCAAACUCACCGAGUUCGCCAAAACGGUUGACGGGCAUGUCGACAUGAUUUAUCUCAACUAUGCGGACGCCACCCAGGAUCCCCUGGGCAGCUAUGGUGCUGAUCGCGUUGAGUUCAUGCGAAAGGUGGCUGCCAAAUACGACCCCGCUGGUGUCUUCCAGAGCCGUGUUCCAGGCGGAUUCAAGGUUAACAGAGUAUAGAGAGUGGAGGAGAUGUGGGAGUUGUUAGGAUAGGGAUUGGUUCUUUUAGACACAGUACAUGUAGUUAUGCAU